AUGGCGGUCGUCUUGCGUGGAUGGUCUCGGACCGCAUCAACAGCACUCAAGUUGGCAACGGCAGAGAGGAUCAUUGGCUACCAAUUCAACGAUGUUGACCGCUUAUAUGAAGCUCUCGAUCAGACGAAACAAUCAAUGUCUUCUCCAAGUGGAAAGCAAUCGCGGGACAAGCCAAGGAAUGCCCGACUCGCCUUGGUGGGAGAUGCUCAGGCGAAGCUUUAUUUGGCCCAGAAAUGGUACGAUAGCCGAGGCAUGACCGGGAACGAAUGGUCGAUUAUUGCGACGGAGACUCUUUCAAACCAAAAUUUUGGUGAAUUUGGCUUCAAAUUGGGCCUUGACGAGUGUGCGAUCCCGAACCAGGUCGAGGACCCGUAUGAUAUGGCUACCACAGUUGAAGCCGUCUUCGCUGCUGUGCAAAUGGAUGGCGCUAGUCAAGAGCAAUUUCGCAAGAUCAUGGCUCGGUUUGGUCUCCAACAUGAGCUUGUCGAACCGAUACAGCGUGCGUGGAUCUACGAGGCCGUCAAAUCAGUAUUACGCUUGCCAAAUCACUUCUUCAUCGGGCACCACUUGAAACUUCAGCAGGCGAUCUUCGACACACAAUUAAGGCAAUCAACUGCCCGAGGAGAGAAAAUCUUGGGAGGGCGUGUCAUGAGGUCGUGGGGGAGUAUUAAGAAGUUAUGGAGGACCAUGAAGUGGAUUUGGCUGCCACCCCGCAAGGUGCCUAGGAAGCCUAAAAAGAUAAGUGUCAGUCUGCGAGGACAGAAAGCACCUGUUCUCCGGCCAGUACCGCGGUCACCAGACAUUGUCAAACCCCUGGUCGAAGGUGCGCGGCCCACGGGCGCGGAAACAAUCAUUACACCUUCCAAGGACGUCGCCACAAGCGAGACCAAUAUUCUCGGCGAGAAAUCUCUCGACGGCUUUGAGGAUGACGAGCGGGCCGCAGCACCGGAACAGACGACAGACAGAGAGCACCCCGUAAAGAAACACGAAGCAGCUAAAUCAUCGCCUCCUGAAGUACCCACGCCGUCGCAGCCCCGGAAACCACAAGCACGGCCCGUCCCUCCCAGCGGAGACGCUUUAGCCGAUGACAAAGGGACGACGACAAAUGAUUCGCAGGACUCAAAAAAGGCCUCCAGAGAUGAACCCGCGACCAAUUCAUCCAGAAACGAUGACGCUGCGACUGGCGCUGAACUGGAAGUCGAGCAUCAGCCGGUUGAGGCGACGGAAGCAGGCGAUUCAGAGGAAACUUCGAAGCGAGUGAUAGCGCUGAAAAAAGAGGCCAAGCAACUCAAGGCUGUACAAAUGAAGAUGGAACAAGUAUUUCGUCAACUUCGGUCAGACGGGAUAAGGAGAACCCGAAAGCAGUCAGAGGAGUUCGUCAAGUUAUUACAACAUCGGGCGCGGGUCAAAGAAUUGUUGAAGGAGGAGAAUUUGAAGAGACAGCCCAAAACACCGUCAUAG